CUCGUUUAAGGAGACUACUAAACACAAAUAUUUUAAGCGUAAUAGGAAAAUCAGUAAUUGCGCCACGUAGAAUAGAGGCGGGAAAACCAAAACGCACCAAAGUUAUACGGAGUCCCAAAAGUGAACUGAGAACCAAAGGUGACCCAAUUUCUCACUGACCGGAAUUCUCCGGUUCCGGCGUAGUUUCCGAGGCCGGUUUAGAGUCGGGAGCGACGGGUAAAGCGCGUGGUCCGCCCCGCGCGCCAUGAAGGAAGGCAAAACAACUGGCGGUAAAGGAGGAGGAAGAGGUGGUGCCGGCGGUGGCGGUGGUGGUGGUGGAGCAUCAUCUCCGCCUUCGGUGGAGGAGCGUUAUACACAAUGGAAGUCCCUCGUCCCCAUCCUCUACGAUUGGUUAGCUAAUCACAACCUCCUAUGGCCCUCACUCUCUUGCCGAUGGGGACCACAACUAGAGCAAGCUACUUACAAGAAUCGUCAGCGCCUCUACCUUUCGGAACAGACAGAUGGCAGUGUUCCAAAUACCCUUGUCAUAGCAAAUUGUGAAGUUGUAAAACCUAGGGUAGCUGCGGCAGAGCAUAUAUCUCAGUUUAAUGAAGAAGCACGGUCUCCAUUCGUGAAAAAGUUCAAAACCAUCAUUCAUCCUGGGGAGGUGAACCGUAUUAGGGAACUGCCGCAGAACAGUAAGAUCGUUGCUACACAUACAGACAGUCCUGAUGUUCUCAUUUGGGAUGUCGAGUCUCAGCCUAAUCGUCAUGCUAUCUUGGGAGCGACGGAAUCUCAUCCAGAUCUGGUCCUGACUGGCCAUCAAGAUAAUGCUGAAUUUGCGCUUGCCAUGUGUCCAACUGAGCCCUUUGUCCUGUCUGGAGGGAAGGACAAGUCAGUUGUUUUAUGGAGCAUUCAUGACCAUAUCUCCUCUUUGGCGGUUAAUCAAGCUGCUACGAAAUCCCCAGGUUCAGGUGCUGCUAAUACUUUACAGGCUGGAGGAGUUGAGGAUAAACAGAUAGGCGGUCCUCGUGUCAAAGCGCGAGGUAUUUUCCAAGGACAUGAGGAUACUGUUGAAGAUGUUCAGUUUUGCCCUUCAAGUGCACAGGAAUUUUGCAGUGUUGGUGAUGAUUCUUGCCUUAUUCUGUGGGAUGCAAGAACUGGUUCAUCUCCUGUAGUCAAGGUUGAAAAGGCUCACAAUACUGAUUUGCAUUGUGUUGAUUGGAAUCCUCAUGACGUGAAUUAUAUUCUGACUGGGUCAGCUGAUAACUCUGUCCGCAUGUUUGACCGCCGAAAUCUCACUUCAGGAGGGGUUGGAUCCCCUGUCCAUACUUUUGAGGGUCACACUGCUGCUGUCCUGUGUGUUCAGUGGUCCCCGCACAAGGCAUCUAUCUUUGGAAGUUCUGCGGAGGAUGGAAUCUUGAAUCUUUGGGAUUAUGACAAGGUUGGUAAGGAAGACCAAGCUGUUAAAGGAGAUAAAAAGGCACCUACUGGUCUAUUCUUCAAACAUGCUGGACACAGGUACCUUCAUCUUGCUAAUAUUAAUAGCAUGCUUGGUUUCUCUUAUUAGAUUAGUGAUUUUUCAUCGGAUGGCUCCUUUUUUAAGCAUGUGAAUGUUGACCUUUCAAUGGGUUUCAAGUGCUGAAGUGCAUUGACUCGCUACUUUUCUGGCUAAACUGAAUAAUUACUACAGGGAUAAGGUUGUUGACUUUCACUGGAAUGCUGCCGAUCCAUGGACCAUUGUCAGCGUCUCGGAUGAUGGUGAGAGUACCGGUGGUGGAGGCACUUUGCAGGUGACUGCAUAUUCUUUCAAUCUCCGUCUAUUUUCUGGAACAAAAUUGUUUAGCCUGUUCCAAUGAUCUUGUAAUGCAUGCCUCCUAUGAAGUGGCUGAUCCCUUUUUUUUUUUUUUUGCUGCUUUUGUUGUUGUUGAUGGUGCAGAUAUGGCGAAUGAUUGACCUAAUUUACCGACCGGAAGAUGAGGUUCUGGAAGAGCUGGAGAAGUUCAAAAAUCAUCUGCAGACAUGUAAUUCUUGAGUUAACAUCUGAAAACCUGAGAAAGCCAGUAUUUUGCCAGAAUCGGACUGUGGACUUUUUUUAAUUGGACUAUGUACUUUGCAAAUAACUUUGUUAGACUUCCCCUACCUGAUUAGAACCUUGUUCAAACAAAUUAAUAUGGCUGAUCGCUCUUAUGUGUUUGAUAAUGUUCUACCUAUUUGUUGUGCUGCCAUAAACAACCGACUGUUGACAUGUUGAAAAGUUACACGUGCACAGUGUUAGUGAAACUUGAUCUAGAAAAAGGUCCUAAUCCUAAAGUGGCCACAUCGAAUAAGUAGCUACCUAUUUACUUAUUUUAGCUUUGAAUCCGCAAGAUUUUCAUAUCUCAGUUUCGUGAACAUCAAUUAGCAGUAAGCACUGAGCAAAACCUUCUAAACAUGCCAUUUUGUGGACCAGAAAGUUUAAAUAUUUACUUGAUUAGUAUAAUUGUUGGCUAAUUAGGCAAUUUCGUGGAGAAGCGGGGAAUAUUUCGGGUUGCUGAUGUACUCUUGGCUUGUAUAGCCGUAAUGAUUAAUGAAGCUGUGGUGUAUUAUUCAAUUAUGGCCAACCAAAUUAGUAUUAGAUCUUUUUUUUAUUUUUUAAGGAAAUAGUAUUAGAUCUCGUUGAACUAUAUUUCCUAGGUCUUUGAUUAACUUGACACUCAUUUUCUAGUAAUCUACUGUAGAUGUAUUGUGAAAAUUACUAUGUUAGAAAGAAAACAACAACAAAUGAGCAGGCUGCUUUUAUGUACCUUCUGAGGCUUAAUUACUACUAUUUUAGUUUUGUUCAAGUGAGUAGGCAAGAUGAUGUGGAAUUACAUAAUUUAGCAUUUCUUAGAAUGUGUUGUCAUAGUUUACGUAUUUCUUCUUAAUUGAUAUACGUUUACCUUUUUUAUAUAAAACAACAAAUGAGCCUUUUUCUCUCUCUUUUUUUUUUUUAUCAGAAAGAAACACAAAAACCUUGCCCGCUCUUGUUUGGUUGAAUUUGGAUGGUCUUUUCUGAAGGGAUCGGAAUGUUAUGCCACUAGCAUGCUCAAAAGUCAAAAUAAAGGAAAAAAUAUCAUAUAUCUGGUGCUUAAUAUAACUUAAGGCUCCGUUUGGUUGGAAUGAAUUGGAAUUGAAUUAGAAUUACAAUCCAAAAAAAUUGAAAUUAAAAUAUUGGGAUUGCAAUUCAAUCUCAAUUUAUUUGUUUGGGAGAUCUUAAUAAUUGACUAGAAUUAAGGUUCUAAUACCAAUUCUUGCGUUUGGAUGCUUCAAAAUUUGGAUACUUUAGAAUUGAAAUUAAUUUGUUACUAGAUAAUUAAUACAAUUUAUACUUCAUGUCAAAUUUUUUUUUUAAAAAAAAACUUAAUUUCCUAUGUCAAAAUAAUCUAUCACGGAUAUGUAUAAAACAAAAAAAAAUCAUUGUGUACAUGUAUAUUAGAUUACUUUGUUGUCCUUUAAACUAAUCCUUUUUGAAAAAAUAAUUUUUUAUUUAAUUUGCUAUAUUAUUUUGUGAUUUAUUAUGUACACACUUUUUUAUAGGAAACAAAAGAAACAUAUUGCGUAAGAAUUAUUACUAUGAUAUGUAAACAUCCUUGAGUCCCUCUCUUUUAUUACUUUUCAAAAUUUUUUAAUUUUUGGUUUAUUGAUUUUUUCCCCUAUAUUAGUAAAAAAUAUUGUAUAUAAUAUAAAUUCAUUUUAUGAAUAUUAAUUUCUAUUAUAUAUGUUGACAUUAUUUUUUGGAAUUUGCUUAAAAUUUUUUAGUUUUAGUAUAUAGUUAUAUAUGAAAAAAAAUAUACUUAAAAUUCAACUUACAGAAUUUUUGAUGAAAAAAU